AUGCUUUCAUUGCCUACUCCCAGUAUCUACCAGUCGCCGAAAUGCUUCGUCACCUACGGCACCAUGGCUCAUGUUGAGCCCAAACAGCUACCGACCAAGGGCAAGCCGUGGGCGCCUAUCCUAGGCCAAGGAUUCAACCACAAGGUCGACCUCAUUCUCCCUCAAGAGUGUUACGAACUGGUGCACAAAAAGCUUGUGGAGGAGCUCGCCGCCCCGACGUUCUACCGCGUUGCCAUGACCCUCGGCCAAGUUCUUGACGGUGCCUUCUUUAAUGAAUACAUCAAAAGGGGCAACAUCCUCAUGCUCUCAGAGGGCAGGACAACGGUCGAAAACGUCUUCUCCCUACAUGAAGGCCUCUUGACCAUGUACCUCGACAAAGAGACGUACGAGCGAGCAGGUCUGGUGGGCAAGCCCCAUGGCGUCAAGGGCAAACGAGGCUUGAAGCCUAGAUGGAUCGUGAGCUACCAAUUACGGGAUCCGUCCAUGCUUCACGGAAAGAAGGGCUUCGACAGACUCUUGUACGCGUGUAAAAACGUUUUCAACACGCCCGUGACAUGGCUGUUCUGUAACGCGACGACUACCACACCCUCGCCAGACCCCCUGGACCAGUACUUCCCAACCAAAUACACAAGCAACCCGUCUCUUGUGCCAGACUGCCAGGUUAAAAUGGCGCCCCUCUCACUCCCAGCGGAGACCAUCCCGAACGGCGACAGACCCGGCCUGGAAGACUUCGCAACCGAGACGUACGAAUGGCUGUCGUUGGUCCGCCUCCAAAGCCCCCGCAUUGAGACAGGCGAUUCCAUUGACCCGUACCUAUCACGCUACCAAGGGCCAGGGGACUCCGACUCGCCGCAACACGGCAAGGUCUGCAAAAUCACCUGGCAGGGCUUCUUCACUUCCAGCUGGGUGCGCAGCGUCCUUAUCGACGCCCUCGUCGCCCUGCCGUCGCGAACCUGGUUCUCGCUGAGCGCCACCUCCUUCUCCAAGGGCAUGGUCGGCGACAGCACCGAGGUCGCCUUCCUCCGGCCGCCCGAGUCGCCAGGCCACUAUCUCCUCUGGGAAAUCAAAAGCGACGAUUAA